UCAUGACGUCACGAGAAGACGGCGCGUGCGUCUGCUGUUGCUGUUGUGAGACAGAUCUGAACCUCCACAGCAUCACAUGACCUUGAUUGACAUCUGCAGUGAAGCUCCGCCCACAGCAUUUCAGGCUAACAGGAAUAAUCCUGCCACACACACACCUGAAAAGAUGGACUUUGUGCGAGUGGUGAUUGGAGAUGUGAGUGAUCCACAACCAUUCAGGAUAUUACAGGAUGACCACGCAGAGCCAAGAGACCAAGUGGAGAUAAAAGAGGAAAAUCAAGAAGCAGAUGAAGCGGCACACACAUUAUUAACAACAGAAAAACCCUCUCUCAUCUGCUCUCACUGUGGAAAGAGCUUCAAACAGAAAGGCCAUUUGGAGGAUCACAUAAACACACACACCGGAGACAAACCGCACGCGUGUGUGCAAUGCGGGAAGAGCUUCACACACAAGGGGAACCUGAAGGACCACACGCGCAUACACUCCGGCGAGCGGCGCUUCGGCUGCCAGCAGUGCGGGAAACGCUUCACACACAAAGCCAACCUGACCGAUCACACACGCAUACACACCGGAGAGAAGCCGUUUGCGUGCGCGCAGUGUGGGAAGAGCUUCACACACGCCACCAGCCUCAAAACACACCGCUUAUCACACUCCGGAGAGCGCGCGUUCAGCUGCGAGCAGUGCGGGCAGAAGUUCCUCUUGUCUGCUCACCUGAAGAGACACCUGAAGAUCCACACGAAUGAGCGGCCGUACGUCUGCUCGUUCUGCGGGAAGAGCUUCUUAUGGCUGUGCUACUUUAAGGACCACCAGAAGAAGCACUCAGGGGUGAAGCCGCACGUGUGUGUGGAUUGCGGCGCUGCGUUCACUAGAGCCAGCGAGCUGAAGAUGCACCAGCGCAUACACACCGGGGAAAAACCCUACAGGUGCACACACUGCGGAAAGGGCUUCGCUGAGUCUGGAAACCUGAAGAAACACGAGCGCGUUCACACUGGGGAGAAACCCUUCCAGUGCCCCGCAUGCGCAGGCAGAUUCAGCCAGUUCAGUCAUUUACUGAGACAUGUAAAACAGCAGAGCUGCCACAAGAUCACAGCGCUGGCCGACUGACACCAAAACUGAACAGUCAGUCUACAGUCUAAACCAGGGGUGUCCAAACUCGUCCUGGAGCUCCGGUGUCCUGCAUAUUUUAGAUCCAACCUGAAUUAAACACAUCUGAAGCAGCUAAUCAAGCUCUUACUAGGUAUACUAGAAACGUCCAGGGAGGUGUGUUGAAGGAAGCUGGAGCUAAACUAUGCAGGACACCGGCCCUCCAGGACUGAGUUUGGACACCUCUGGUCUAUUGGCUGUCCUUUAACUGUUGAACACUAUAGAAGAUCAGAGCGCUGACCAGCUAACAAACACAUUAUACAGGAUGAGCUGUGUUUAUUAGGCUGUCGCUGCAUGUUUCUUUGUGGGAAAUGUAAAUAUGUGAUGCACAAAUCCAGUGUGGAUAUAUAUUUGACAAUAUAAUUAAUAAUUAAUAAUAGUUCUAAUUUUAUAGACACAAAUAAAGCAUUUCUGUUAUGUAGCAUGCAUUUGUAGGAAUAGCCAAACAUGCACUGUAUUGACAGAAUUCAUUAGAAUAUUCAGUAAAGGUUACAUGAAGUCAUUUAGGAAAUGUUUAAUUGUAAGUACUCAAUGUUUGAUAUGUAAUGUGCAUUAAGAGCUUCAGUUGUUCACCUUUAAAGGUGAUUUACUCAGUAUUUGGACUUUUCGGACCCCUCACAUCAUGUCAAAACGAUUCCAGCAACAAGCUAUUUGACUUUCUGCACCAAACUCAGUGACAGAAACAUUUAAAGCAGGGGUCACCAAUCACGGUCCUGGAGGUCCGAUGCCCUGCAGGGUUUAGCUCCAACUUGCCUCAACACACCUGCUUGAUUGUUUCAAGAAUACCUAGUAAAGCUGCGCUCACACUGGGCUUUGUGUGUGUGAAAUUCUGUUGUGCGGCGCUGUGAAAAGGGGCAGGAUUAAACAAGAUGAUCAGACAUUAAUAAAGCCAGCGAUUGCUCCAUGUUUUAAAUAUCUGUCCAGAGAGGUCAUGUUUUGAUCCUCGAUUGGUCUCACGCAGUCAAGUGAUGCGAUUUCACAGGUCAGAGUUCACCAAGCUUGAACUUUGCACCGCAGCAACAUGCGAAACUUGACGCAUGACCCCGCGUUUCCGGUCUGACACAUUCGCGUGAGUAUGAAUGGAAGUCUAUGGGAGGAAAAGCCCAGUGUGAGCGCAGCUUAAAACCUUGAUAAGCUUGUUCAGGUGUGUUUGAUUAGGGUUGGAGCUAAAAUCUGCAGGACACCAGCCCCUAGGAACAAGUUUGGUGACCCCUGAUUUAAAGGGUCAGUGCACCCACAAAGUCCUGCCGUCAUUUACUUGACUAAAUUUACUCGACUUGGUGUCUCUAUGUUGCUUAGUCUGAUUGUUUGUAUUAUCUAAAAUCCAAUUAAAUAAAUAAAUGAUAAUAAUAAAAAUAAGAUAGAGGCAUGGCUGUGCAUAUUCACAUGUUGGUUAGUCUUCUGGAUCAUCUUAAAUCCAAUCGCAUGACCUUUAUUCUGUCUUAUUCCCUUGUUAUGGUGUCAGAAAGUGUGUCCUGCAUGUCUCCUUUGUUUUUAAACACCUUCAAUGUUUCAUUUUAUGUGUAAGGGAUCAAAAUAAAA